AUGGCGAAGCCUAAGGAGGAUGGAUUUCCGGAGAUGUCCAAGACCAAGGACGCCGAUGGACAGGAAGUGGCCGCGCAACCGUUGAAAUUCACCUGGUUGAUCCACGGAGAGUUCUCGGAAGAGCUGGAGCUCAGGUACUUUCCCUUUGACACCCAAGACCUAAGCCUCACCUUGCGCUUCGGACAGCCUUGUCGAGAAGACAAGGCGCAAGUGCGCUUCAUUAACAGCCCCAGGUCCAAGGUCUUCCUCAACGUCUUCACCUUGAAGAAUGCAUCGACCGAACCACAGGAGAUCCAUGUCGACUUCUGGUUCACUAAGCUGCAAUACCAGGCAGAUGACCAAUUCCCACUGAUUCAGAUUCACUGCAAUGUUGGGCGCAAACCAAGGUAUUACUUAGUGAACGUGGCGUUGCCGGUCUUCUCCAUCGUCAUGGCCAGUGGCUCAUCCAUGACGGUUGAUCCGCGAACCGACAUGAGCGGACGGCUGGGAGCGACCCUAACGUUGGUUCUGACUGCAGUGGCUUACAAGUACCUCGUGGCACAGAUGGUGCCUGCGAUUAGCUACAACACGUUGCUGGAUCACUACGUCCUCUGGUGCUGGCUCUUCUUGCUACUGAUGGUCCUGGAGAAUUGUAUGGGUAUGUUGAAGUGGUGGUACGAUGAUGAGGUUGUGAUCGGAAUCAUGCUGUGCUGCUCGCCUGAGACUCGUUCAGCGCGGCGCUCGACGGCUAGGCCCUCAUCUAAGAGCAUGUAA